AUGAAGCAUCUCGUCACUAACAUCUCUUGUCGGCAUGAAGGCGCCUUGAAGACGUCUCCCCCAAGGACCCCGAGCUCUCCUAGUGCUGCCGCACGGGACAGCAUAGGAGCCUCGCCAUCUCGAGCCCUACAUUCGCCGAGAUCUCCUGCCUUCUCCACCAGCUCGACCGUCGACGGCUCUGACGACGGCAUCUCGUCCUCCCCCGUGCUACCGUCGCUGCCCGCCCCGAAACUGCCGGAUCGAGCACGGGAGCAUCUACGAAGAGUCGACUCGCCUCAGUCCGAAUCCGAGCCCGAGGAUCGCAGUGCUCAGUACGUGACCGCGAGCUGGGGUUCUCCGUAUCCACCCAACGCCCGGCGUCAUCUUCGACGGCAGAGCUUCAGUAGCGAGCCCUCGGACGAUUCGCCAAUCCAUCAGCUCGAGAUUGCGACUCCCUUCCUAAGAGCAGUCCCCGGAGUUUCGCCAACUGGUCAGGUCCAGUCGCAGCAAUCUCGUCUGUCAGACAGCGCAGCCGUGCUUCUGAACCGUGCUCGAAGACCCCUUGGUGGCAUCACUGAGGAGUGGAUUCGUGCUCACACAACCAACGAUCUCACCUCGGAGCACCGCCAUUGGCUGAGCGACGGGGAUUUCAGCGAGCACUCUUCAUUGAGCGGCUCUGUUUCUGGCGACGACGCUGGUUGGUUUGAGGAGACCGACCCUCGCACGCCACGACCAAAGGCGAUACAAGCCCAACGACUGCUUCAGCAGCCCCGCCGGACUUCACGUCGCCACCCCAGAUCCCGUUCUAGCAGCGAGACCCUCAAGCAAGCAGUGUCGAAUAGUGUCAACACUGCCACCGCAGCCAUGGACAGUUUUACUCUAGAACUGGGCCAUGCUGCCCAGGAUGCCGCCAGCAUUCACACUGUCGAAUCUACGUCAGAAGCGGCCAAGGUGGAAACCCCCGGUUUUGAGCGGAAGGCGAGCGUGAAUGGCUCGAUUCAGCUUCCCGCUACUCCCACAAAACCUACCAAGCCAGUUUCGGCUCAGACGCCCCGGCUCAAGAAGAAGGUACCAUGGAAGGGCAAGAACAUUAUGGUUCAUCUUCCUCGGGAUGAAGAGAGGGGCUAUGGUACCCAGAGGCCCAUCCCACUGACUGCGGAAAAGACCGCAGAAAUGUUCCGUUCAUGGGACGAGCUGGGCUACAACACGCGAGGCUUCGACUUGGAUGCCGCCUUCGAGGUCGAAGACACGUCCCUCGACCCUUUGGAAGCUUACUCGCAGAGCCGAAAUCUAUGGCCAAAUUUGGAUGAUAUUGCUAGAGACCGGUCCAAUGGCAAGUACAAGGUCACGUUACCGGAUCUCAACGCCUGGAAGGACUACGUUAAUGAGCUGAAUGAGGCCAAGCUUAGGGCGCUUGGUGUGUCCUUUGGAGAUGAAGAACCCGCAGAGCAGCCCUCAAUCUCCCCUGCGCCUUUGAACAUGAUGCCGAACCAAUAUCCUCCAUUACCGUUUUCGCCCCCUAUUCCGACUGGGUCCGCAGCGAGCGCUGGCCCCCAAGGCUUCCCUUUUCCUGGCGCUUUCCACGGUACUUCCGCUACACAGAGCCCUACAGUUCCCUCGGUGGCUUCGCCGCUAUCCUUCAACGGCUUGCCAGGCAAAUUCAACCCACGUGCCUCUAUCUCAAUCUCGCCUAAUGAGCUUCCAUUCCACUUCUCUGGUCAACCGUCCCCGCACGGCUGGUCUCCCCAGUCGAUGCUGCUGCAACAGCAGUUUGGCCGCAGUGGUUCUCCCUCAGCCAUGAAUCUGGGCUCGAUCAAGUCCCCAACAUCGCCCUUCCAGCACGAGGGGAUACCUUCGCCACUUGGGCUGCACCAGCGACACCAGUCCUUACAAUUCCCAAUGCUUCCACACCAACAGCUCCAGCGCCAGGAUUCCGCAAGGGCAUCUCCGCGCUUGCAGGAACUGCGUGAGGUGGACGAAGAGACUCAGAGCAACCCAUACGAGAACAAGAGCCCCUCCAAGACGCCCGAAGCUGGUCAAUUCAUCAAGCACAACGCCAGUGCUAGUCUGCAGAAAGAGAUUGAUGAUGCCGAGUACCACUUGGAGGAGCAGUUCCGAGAGCAGCUGGAACAUGAAGAUUAUAGUCCUCAUCAAGAGAAUGAGAAGACGGAAGCCGGCAACGCGCCUAUAGACCCUGCUAACGUUCCCUUGCCGCUACACACGAGAGGCCCAUCCGUUCAUUUUGGAAACUUUGGUACGGAUUCCGAUGAAGGCCCUGUCCUGCACCACCCUCGACCGCACAGCCGUGGUCACUCUCUUACCCAGAAACCCUUCUUUGACAAUGACGAGGUACGGGACAGCACCGACGAGGGUAGCAUGAACAAGCCGCAAACCUUCAGCCAGCAGAAGAACGAUGAAUCUUACGAGAUUGAGACCAACCCUAGCAACUUGGGAACACCAGUGUCCAACUUCGGCAUGUCGAACGCUUUCCACGACCGCUCAUUCUCGAACACUAGCAACCCGUGGGCCGAAGUUCAGUCCUUCAACGGUAGCAAACCACCUUCACGCCGCACCAGCCAUGCCAGCAAGCCGUCUCUGUCGAAGCUGAAUGCCAAUGCUACCGAAUUCAAGUUCAACCCCACCAGCUCAUUCACGCCAGGUCAGUUUAGCUUUGGACAAAGCAGUUUCGAACCGACGGCCAGCAGUUUCCAGCCUGCUGCUUUCCAGACCUCUUUCUCGUCGAUGCCACCUCAGUCAGCUACCUCGAGCCAUUUUAGCGUUCCGUCGCUUUCCUCAUCGAAGGGCAGGAUUAACGCUGCGGCACCGGUGUUCUCUCCGAAUCAAAGUGAAUUCAGUUUCCCUCCCAAGAGCGACUUCAAUGUUCCCGGGAAAAGCGACUUCAGCUUCUCGGCUUCCGGGCCCAAGUUCAACCCCGAUGCGCCUACUUUCCAGCCACUCAGCUCCUUUUCUGCGUCCGUCACAAGCGCUGCGGCUUCCGGCAACGAAAGCGGAGACACCCGCCCGGGCUCCAUCUUCGGCAGCAUCAACCUCAAUCUCGCAGAUGUUGUUAAGCCAGCGAAGAAAAGCAAGGCCAUCCCCAUCGUCCGACCGGCUAGUCGCCACUCAAAGUCUCCUACACCUGGUCCAGCGCCGGCCCCUGAGGACGAAGUCGAUAAGGAUGGUCGUUUGACAGAUGCAGCCCGCCGCGGUAAGAAGUUCCGCGAGGAUGUCGACGAUGGUGAGGAUAUUCCACUCUUUGCGGAGCCUACACCGGAACCCGAGCCUUUGAUGGCCACGCAGACGAAAGCACCCGCAAAGGAGCCAGUCGUUGAAGAAAGUCAAGACGAGGAAGACGAGAACGCUGCAAUUGGCGACACUACGCUGGCCUCGACUGUGCUGUCCGAAUCUACUGAUGGGAAGUUGCAGUCGGAAUCCAACACUAAGGCUACAACCAGUCCGUCUGCGACGUCUCCCGACCAAGACAAGGCCAACUGGCUUCCAUUCGAGUUCAAGAACGAUGCCGAGGUUCACGACUUCAAUAACGCUAGGCCCUUUGGUGAUUUCGAUCCUUUCCAGAAAGGCCACAAGAAGAGUCUUUCCGCAACUGCCAAGCCUUUUGUGCCUGUUGCUGGUUCGUUUACAUUUGGUGCACCAAACCCUCUGGCUGCUCCCUUCGAGCCUAUUCUGAAAACCCAGCCUCAGCAGAUGGUUGAUCCCAGUGAAAGCGAAGAUGACAGAGCUGCCUCGCCAACUCCAGGCCCAGAGCCCCGGCCAGUGGCAGAUGCUAAAGUACGCGAACCGUCUCCCGAGCCUCCCAAGCCAGCUCGAUCCGGAUUGGCUGCUUCUCGUUUCGCUGCACCGCGUCAAGGAUUGGGUGCAUCACGGUUUGCUCCAUCGGAGCCUGAGCCGGAGCCGGAGCCUGUGAAGAGCUUCCCUAGCCCUAAAUUUGCUGCUUCACCUUCUCCUGAAACAGAUAGAGCGAUUUCAGAGGGACAUGGAACCGACGACGAUAAGGCUCGCGAACCUUUGGCGCUUCACAGCUUCAAUGAGUCAAUCCCGAUGCCUGUCAGCCCACCGUCUGUACCGGGUGAUGACAAGACCGAGAAGACGGAACAUGAACUCACUUUCGAGGAGAUUGACGCAGUGAUGCAACACCUGAACGAGAAUGAUCCGACCAUGGGUGUUAACAGGACCCUGGAGUCUCCCAAAUGGCGCCAAACCAGUCCUGCCAAACACAUUUCUCUCGCUGCAGUUAAGGAUUCAUCACCUCUUUAUCUACCACCGCACGACAAGCUCAGAAGCGACGGCCCCAGCCCCAGCCCACGCGAAUACAGGACUUUGCCUCAAGAAAUGGCACCGCCCAUGUUAUCGACUGAACUUGAGGAUCCGUUCGUCGAUCCUCCGCGAAGUGCACUCACUCAGUCGUUCGAUGUUGAAGGUCCAGUGCAUGACCUGGGCAGCGGCGAUGCCACAGAAAGCGAGGAGUGGGAUAAAGCCUUCAGUGCCGACGAGCAGGAUAAACUUGAGCAGCGUGCUCACUACUUCGAUGGCCAUGUCCAAGGCUUGGUUGGAGAUAUCUUGGCUGAUCGCCUCGAUCCGCUUGAAAAGACCCUAGGAACUAUUCAGCACGCCCUGCUUGCUAUGUCUCGCCGAACACCGUCCAGCCGCCCAGAGAGACGCAGCGUCUCCGCUGAGGUCCAGGAAAGCGAUGCAGAUGACGAGGAUGAUGACAUGCCCGUUGCUCGUCGGUCCAUCAGCCCUCAAAGAAACAAGCGCAUGGAACAGAUGCGUUUCGCUGUGCUUGAGGCGCUUAACCAACACCACGCUAGCCGUGCAUUGCAGAGCGUUGUCGAACAAACCGAGCCAGCUUCUGCACUUGACCACAGCUCCGUUCUGAAGGAGUUGCAGGAGAUGAGAGAGCAAUUCAGCCAAUCGCUCCAUCUCGACUUCCGCGCAGAAGAUCUCCGCAAUGUUGUUGAAGAAGCUGUGCAGAACCGCCUGCCUCCCACUCCGCCCCCGGUCGUCAAAGAUGAUGAUGAGGCGACAUUGAAGAUGGCAGAAAUGCAAGCAAGGAUUCACGAGCUUGAGCAGCGACUCAAGGACCAGGAGGCACACGUCGAGAAGGAGACCACUACUCGACGAAGUGCUGAAGACCGCUCCUUUGAAUUGCAGCGCCAACUCGACCAAGCAGAAACCAAAGUAGAGGUUGAGAUUAUGAACAGGAGCGUAUAUGAUCAGCGCAUCCAUGAUCUUGAAGAAAGACUCCAGCAUCAAGAAGCAAAGACCGAUGCUGAAUUGCACGGUCGGAGAGAGGCUGAAGAUAGACUUUCAGAGAUCCAACGCCUUCUUCGUAUCUCUUCGGAGGAAGAGGACCGCCUGCGCUCUGUUCUCGAAGAACGAGACCAGAAGGUCAAGGCCGUAGAACAAGCAGCUGGCAAGAGCACUAUGCGACUCGCUCUGCUUGAGGCGGCUCAGUCCAAUGCCGACAAGAACCAGAUUGAUCUUACCAACCGUCUCAAUGCUACCGACGAGGAGCUGCGCGGAGCUAGGCAAGAAGCUCGCCACUGGCGAUCUGAGGCUGAACAUGCACGGGAGUCCAACCGACGACAGACCGAUGAUCUUGUCGGCGCUGUGGAGGAGGCUAAGCACCUCCGCAAGGUCAUCGACACUCUCAGCACUCAACUAUCCGAGACCGAGAGGAUCCGGGAGAACUGGCGCGCCAAGUUUGUCUCCAUGCAAGAUGACAUGGCCCAUGCCGCCCGUGAGAUCUCCGAAGAGAACAGCAGACGUACCAAGAAGGAACAAGCUCUCAUCGCACGCCAAGAGGUUCUUGAUGCUAGACUCCAAGCUGAAUCGAGGACUCGUGAGCGCCUCGAGGCCGAACUCGAGAGGCUUGAAGGCGGCGAGCGAGCGGGUAUGCGAGCUGUUGCUGAAUGCAAGCGCCUGGAAGGACUGCUCGGAGAACUGCGCAGCGAGAACCACAAGAUCCAGACCACAGCGCUUCACUUCCAACGCGAGGCCAAGGAGGCCAAGGAAUCCGCAGCCACCGAGGUCCAGCGUACGCGCACGUCCGUGCAAAGCGAGCUUGAUGCUGCCAAUGAGCAGGUCAACAUCGCUCGCGCCCAAUUCGAGGAAGAGGCUGACAAGAUCCGCGCUGAGCUUACUCAAGCCCACCUAGCCAACGAAGCUCUGAAGGAGGCCCACGAGGUAGCGCUUGAGGAGGAACUCAACAAGCUCCGCGCCCAGAUCGAGCAGGUCAACAUGGACGCUGAUACUGCCAAGGCCCAUCACGAGAUGAUGCUUGAGGAGGCGCAGACCACGCGCACAAAGGAUCUUGACGAGGUCAUUCAGAAGCACCAGAACGAACUCGAAGACCUGCAAACUCGCUUCGAGCGUGAGCUGAACAACAAGACGGAGGAUGCCCAGCGCGCAGAGUCUCUGUUGCUUGAACGGUUGAGCCUAUCUACAUCUAAGACGGAACACCUACAGGAUCGCGUAACACAUCUGGAAGAGAGAGUGCAGAUUGCACAAGAAGCUGCUAGAGCGGCGGCCCAGGCUGCUAAGGCAGCAGGCGCUUCCGAGUCAGUUGUGCAAGUUGCAUCCACGGCUGCGAAGCCCGCAGUUACACAGGCGAUGCAGCUGCCAGAGAAGAUUUCGCCACAGGCCCUCCGGGAAUCCAUCAUGGUUCUCCAAGAGCAACUUCAAGCUCGCGAGCAACACAUUGAAGAACUUGAGCAGACCGUGUCCAAGCUUGACCCGGAUGCUCCUACGAAGAUCACCAAGCGUGACGACGAGAUCACUUGGCUGCGUGAGCUAUUGGCUGUCCGGCAUAGCGAUCUGCAGGAUAUCAUCACUGCUUUGUCCUCCGACAGCUACAACAGAGAAGCUGUCAAGGAUGCAACGAUCCGCUUGAAAGCCAACCUCCAAAUGGAGCAACAGGAAAGGGAGAGGGCGAUGAAUGGUGGCUCCGCCAUUAACCUGCCCGAACUUGCUGCUGCUAUCAAGGGUGCUGCUACUCCGCGAGUUGCUCAAGCUGUCGGUCCUCUCGCCGCAGCUUGGGGCAAUUGGCGCAAAGCCAAUCAACCAAGUCUCAACAACCUCUCGAGCGUUCUGUCGUCCCCCGGCGCCGGGAGGAACCAGACCCCUUCCAAGAGUAACCCAAGUCCUGCUUCGCAGAGCAGCUUUCUCUCGGGUCUCAUGACUCCGCCAGCCUCAGGUCUGCGUAACACACCACCGGCGCUCGCUGAGCAGAGCCAGCCACAGCCAACAGCUUUCGGCAACACUGGACGUCGUUACACGGCGGAGCAGUUUGCCAACCGAUCUCGUGGUCCUUCUGUGACCGCUCGACAAGCAGAGAAGAUGCCUAUGCCUGGAACGCCACCACGGCGGAUAUCUGACCAGAGGGGAGGACCUGUGACCCCUCCGAUGGUGCGCUCCAGCGGAUACGAUUCCGAUGCAAAUCAUAUCGAAGACUUUGACGACGCUGGAUUCUUCGACGACUAA